GCUACUUCCUCUCGGCCCGCGGCCCCGCACUGCGAUGCCACGGCUGCACCACUAGCUCCAUAAUCUCCCCCGUGUUUGCAAGAACCCCUUCGGGUGGGCGAGCGGUCGUAUUCAUUUACGCUCCUUUUCCGUUUCUUUAGCAAACCGCAGCGGGGUGAGGGGGGGGGGGGGACUUUUGUUCUUCUUUUGCGGACAUGCCUAACAUCGUGCUUUUUAGCGGGAGCUCACACCACGACCUGUCCCAGAAAGUGGCCGAUCGGCUGGGACUGGAGCUGGGGAAAGUGAUCACGAAGAAAUUCAGCAACCAGGAGACAUGCGUGGAAAUCGGGGAGAGCGUGCGCGGCGAGGACGUUUACAUCGUGCAGAGCGGUUGUGGCGAAAUCAACGACAACCUGAUGGAGCUGCUCAUCAUGAUCAAUGCGUGUAAGAUCGCCUCCUCGUCACGCGUCACCGCCGUCAUCCCCUGCUUCCCCUACGCCCGGCAGGACAAAAAGGACAAGAGUCGAGCACCCAUAUCAGCCAAGCUGGUGGCCAACAUGUUGUCCGUAGCCGGCGCCGACCACAUCAUCACGAUGGAUCUCCACGCCUCUCAGAUCCAGGGCUUUUUCGACAUCGCCGUGGACAACCUGUACGCGGAGCCCGCCGUGCUUCAGUGGAUCCGGGAAAACAUCCCGGAGUGGAAAAACUGCAUCAUCGUGUCUCCAGAUGCCGGCGGGGCAAAGCGCGUGACGUCCAUCGCGGACCGUCUCAACGUGGACUUUGCCCUCAUCCACAAAGAGAGGAAGAAGGCCAACGAGGUGGACCGCAUGGUGCUGGUGGGGGACGUCAAGGACCGCGUGGCCAUCCUGGUGGACGACAUGGCCGACACCUGCGGCACCAUCUGCCACGCCGCCGACAAGCUGAUUGACGCCGGCGCGGUGAAGGUCUACGCCAUCCUCACACACGGCAUCUUCUCCGGCCCGGCCAUCUCCCGCAUCAACAGCGCCCCGUUCGAGGCCGUGGUGGUGACCAACACCAUCCCACAGGAAGAGAAGAUGAAGGCGUGCCCGAAAAUACAGGUGAUCGACAUCUCCAUGAUCCUGGCGGAGGCCAUCAGGAGAACCCACAACGGCGAGUCUGUGUCCUACCUCUUCAGCCACGUCCCCUUGUAGAGACAGACGAGCCGCCCCCCUCCGAGCGGGGCUUUUUUGCCACCCAUCCUCCAGAUAUGGCCGGAUGCUUUUUGGCCAACCCCCACAUGACAGUUUUAAGGUCACGCCCUAACAUUGUCUUCUCACCCAGGAGACGAAGAAAAAUAUCAUUUUCUUUGCACCGAAGUUUUUAUUUAUGAGUAUCUCUCUUUUUUGAUUUUCUUUUUCUUCUUCUCAUGUUUUAGUUUCGGUCUUGCCGACCUUGGAUCAGCCGAGGCCUGGCCUUCCCUUAACCAAAGGCUCCACCAUGCAAACGUGUAUUUUUACCUCUUAUUGAACCCACUUGAAAUUAAGCAUUUCACAACGUCAUGUCAUUACAAAUAUGUUGGUCUUUUCUGCGUCGCAGAGUUUUUAAAAAGGCCGCACCUUUCCCCCGACAUUUCUUCAACGCCUUCUAAAAAGUAUUAAAAUAAUAUAACCUAACCCUUUACUAGCUAUAUAUCGAUUGUAAUAGUUCAUGCUUCAUCAGGUUUAAGCCCCUCGAGCGGGAGUAAGAUGAAAGAACACGUUUUGUAAUUUUGUGAGCACUAAGAAUGUGUCCUAACUUCUCCCACGACGCGCUGCUGCCCCCGAGUGGCGGCUCAUCUGCAUGACGACCAUCUUCUUAUAUCAAUUGUGCUAAAAACGAUCGGAUUUCGAGACGACUUUCCAAACUCUUGCUGAUGAAACACGUCUGGUAAGAGGUGCAGCUGGGCGUGUCGUCCAUGUUCCAAAAGGUCACGAAAAAACAAAUUGAGACCCGAAGCUUGUAAAAGUGUCAAGAUUUCAAUUGUCGUCACGGCUGUAACGGGUCAUUUGAUUCCAAGGAGGCAGCUUUCGCAGUUUGCCUCUAGGUGGAUAAAAAAGGUGGUGAGAAGGCGUAAUUUCAUUUUUUAAAUUUUUUUUUUUAUUAUAUGUAAUACUCAGCGGUUUCUUUGACAAUAAAGUGUUGACAAUGGCUUACACGUGA